AAAUACGGGGAUUUAAAAUGAAAAGGGCAGUUUUUUUUCCAGAGAUCAGUGAAGGUAACCUGAAGAAGAGUUGAAGCCUCGGCCCGGAAGCAAGCCUGUCCACGAAGUAAUAUCUACCAAAGGACAUAUUUUAUUCAGCAUUACCCUUUACUCCCAUUAUUCUUUCACUGAAGUUACUUAUUAAAGAACUAUAUCACUAAUACUUCGGCAGUUUCGGAUAAUUUUUUACAAGGAUUGUAGGAAGGAACCAACUUUUUUUUCGGGAUAAAAUAAAAUGGGCGACCAUGGAGAUGAUGAUGAAGGAACUCGACCGAGAAGAAGGUACCCACCAAAGCCGUGGGAUUCCGGGGUGUCCAACAAAAUAAUAGACAGAUGUGGGCCCAAAGCUGCGAAGUAUUUAUCAACUGAGCACUUCAGGUAUCAGCCACGAGUACCCCUGCCUUUGCCUGAGGAGGAAGGGCGUGGAUCUGCCGGCGGCAGCAAGAAGUCUAGCAAGGGUUCAACCCGGGGUCCUUUGAUGAUCGGUGAAACACUAUUCAAGCGCUAUAAUGUUCCUCUGAUGCCUCAUCAGCCGGAAAAAGAAGACGAGUGGGACUUGGAGACUCUCAAGAUGUUACAUUUUCGCAUGCAACAUUGUGACACAUAUGCAGAGCUUUCUGGAAGCAAGUUGUUCGUUGUGGAGCACUAUGACCGCGGCUUUUCUCUGUUCUACAUUCUUUCGUAUGCAAUUGCAUGCGGGAUACUCAUCCAGCGACUUGACCGUCUACGGCAACAUGAAAUCAAAUUUGCCAUGUCCGAGGGUUACAAAAUGCUUUUCAAUGGCAUUUGGUGGAAUGCCUUGACUGCCUACACUUACUUGAUGCUCAUUCAAAGUUUUGGUAUCCUCGCCAAGGUGUUCGCGCCAAUCCAGCAUAGACUCUACUUCAUGUUCUUCAGCAUGGGUAUUCCAGCACUGACAGCAGCAUAUUUGUGGCACGAGGGGUGCAGUUGGGUUGCGCCAAUCCUCAUGUGGACAGCAUUUCUGAUAUGCAUCAUGUCCAGUGGGCGUCCGACCAUCACCAAUCGAAUGUCAGACCCACUGGCUGAUGAUCUCUUCUUUUUCUGCUUCUUGGCCCUCGUCAUUCAGGCAAUAUGUGCUAAGGAUGACAAGUUCCUGAAAGCAGUGCUGCUUCUUCUGGUAGCUUUCGCGUAUGCUGGGCCACUUGGCUACUGGGGUCCAUUCUCUCUCAGAAUAGCAAUUUGGGCUGGAUGUAUCUAUUACGCUCUGGAUGAAAUCAUUCGUGUCGUGGGGAGCAGAGCAGGGCCUUUCACGCCCAAGAAGUGGUACGAAACAAUGAAGGAGAAGGAGAAAUUGAUCCAAAUGGUGAUUAAUCUUCCAUUGGGCAGCGAUUGCAAACUGAAAAUGUGUGAGCCGGGGUUGUACGGGUUAUUUGCUGGGGGGCCAUUUGGAAUGGGAGCUUUUGAAGAUGAUGAUGAAAAGAAAGGAGGUUGGGCAGCGUUGCUAGACUUUGGCCUGGACAUAGACUUGUCCUUCUCCAGCGAUGAUGUGUUCUUCUGGCUCUUUGUGCUGGCCACAACCCUGCUCGCUAUGUAUGUUUUACACGCGCUGGAACGCUUGUCAGCUAAGGACACAUGCGUGCCAGAGCCCAUGCCAUACAUCAAGCCCAUUGUCAUCACACGUAGUGCUAGAGAAGAAUGUCCCCUAGACUUUGUCUGAGCAUCACGAAGUCUAGAAUAUGAGUUUCCUUCAUUCGUUGUUCUGAAUUUUUCAUGACUUAGCGUGUCCGAAAUGCAGUGGAUUUCAUUUG